CGUCCGCCGACGCGUCACUGCGCAUUCAACAUGGACCCGACGGUGAAGCGGUAGCGACGGACGCCUCUACGAGUCAUGUUUAUAUUCUCCCGUUACGACGCUUCGCUAUUCAGAGGACAACGCUCCGGUCGAGAGGAGGAAGCCUAAAAUGUACAGUUACCAAAAUCCGCCGCGCGUCCUUGGAUGAGUAAUUGAUGAGAUACCGGUCAUGGCUGGAUUGAUCAAGAAACAGAUCCUUAAACAUCUCUCCAGGUUUGCUAAGAACCUCUCCCCAGAUAAGAUUAAUCUGAGCACUCUGAAAGGGGAGGGCCAGCUUACCAACCUGGAGCUGGAUGAGGAGGUUUUGCAGAACAUGUUGGAUCUGCCCACCUGGCUCGCCAUUAAUAAAGUCUUCUGCAACAAGGCCGCCAUCCGGAUCCCAUGGACCAAGCUGAAGACUAAUCCAAUCACUUUGUCUUUGGAUAAAGUCGUCAUGGAGAUGAGCACCUGUGACGAGCCUCGCCCUCCCAACGGCCCAUCACCCAUUGCAACAGCCUCGGGUCAAAGUGAAUAUGGUUUUGCGGAGAAGGUCGUGGAGGGCAUCUCUCUCUCCAUUAACUCCAUAGUAAUUCGCAUCAGCGCCAAAGCCUUUAACGCCUCCUUUGAGCUCUCGCAGCUCCAGGUAUACAGCGUUAACACCAGCUGGACCCCCGGUGACCUCCGAUACACACGCAUCCUGGACCCCACACGCGGAGAGAUCCUGACGUUCAAGGAAGUGAGCUGGCAGAUGAUCAGGAUUGAAGCGGAUGCCAUCCAGAACACAGAACAUGAGGUCGUCAGCGCACCCAUACGCCUCAUCACCAACCAGUCAAAGAUCAGAGUCACUUUAAAAAGGAGGAUGAAGGACUGUAAUGUUAUUGCAUCAAAGCUGAUUCUAAUCCUGGAUGACCUGCUGUGGGUGCUGACGGACUCUCAGCUCAAGGCCAUGGUGCAGUACGCCAAGUCUCUAAGUGAAGCCAUGGAGAAAUCAGCCGCGCAGAGGAAGAGCAUGGCCCCCGACACCACACAGGUAACACAGGCGCCCCCCUCAGCCCAGCAGGUGCGCACACAGCAGGCUUCAGCCACAGCAGAUCAGAGCGCUUCUAUGGCACGACUUUUUAACUCCUAUGAUGUUCGUGAGACCUCACACCACCUUCAAAUCACACAUCUAGACCUGCAUAUAUGUGACGACACCAACGCCAAGGACAGAGGAAUUAAUAAGAGAUUAGAUGGUGGUGCAAUGCAGUUGUCCUUCAGCUCUAUCAGCGUCGAUUAUUAUCCCUACCACAAAGCCGGUGAAAGCUGUAUGCACUGGAUGCAUUACGGCGAGGCCACAAAGUCUCGUGAGAACUGGGCCCGUUGUCUCCUGGACGAGUUUAAGUCUAAUGUGGAAAUGUUAAAAAAUGCAGUCAGUGGCCAGACCCAGAGCUCCCCUCAGCACGGAAAGAUCUCCACCAGCUCCAGCACUUCCUUCUCGCCCCCACCUGCACCGAGAACCCAACUCAUGUCCAGCUCAAUUGUGCUACGGAUGGCAGAUUUCAGCAUCUAUCAGGUGUCUACAGCAGACCAGUCACGCUCAAGUCCUCAAAGCAUGAUCUCCUGCAAUAAAAAGUCCCUCUACCUCCCCCAAGAGAUGCCGGCUAUCCAUGCUGAAUUUACAGAAUACUACUUCCCAGAUGGCAAAGACUAUCCUAUCCCUUGUGCCAACCUGUAUGUGCAGUUGAACGCUCUACAGCUGGUGCUUGACUCUCGCAGUCUUGUUUGGCUCAAUCUAUUUGCGCUGGACCUUCGUCAAAGCUUAGAGCAAUUUAUGGAGCUGUACAAACUCAAUGACUCGCAGAAACCUGACGAGCAUGUAGAUAUCAGAGUGGACGGACUCAUGCUGAAGCUGGUGAUCCCUGCAGACCAGGAAAAGACUCAGCCUGACCAGCCUCGCUCAGUUUCAGUACAGACCUCGGAGAUGGUAGCCACUAACACGCGUCACUCUUCCGGGUGUACUCGGUCAAGUCUGGAAGCCCUCCUGCAGGCCUUCCAGGAGCAACCCUUCUUCACGUCCCUCUGUUCCUCUUUUCCAUGUUCCCAAAACUCCUCCUCUGUGCUGCAUUCUGUCUUCCAGCGGCACGCUCAUGAGCAGGACACGCGUGUUCAUGAUGUGUACCGGGGCCUUGCUCCGCCAUCUCUCUCCACCAAUGCUCUCAAAACACCAGCAGCCACUGACUUGUGGGCCGUGCAUUUUUCCCAGUUCUGGGUGGACUAUGAGGGCUCCCGCAGUGGACGAGGUCGCCCGACACCUUGUGUGGACUCCUUUCCUCUGACUCUUUGGGUAUGCCACCCUGCCCGAUACACUCAGCACCACGAGAGGCUCAGAGCAGGUUCAGGCCUGUUGCCUCGCAGCGAGUCAGCAGAAAUAGCCAGUCGUCUGCAGAGAAAGAAGCUUCUAAAGGAGUACUACACCACUGAUGCAUCUCCCAGCAACAUGCCAAGCAAUGGCCUCCACAAACCACACUCUCUGGAUGGCCUGUUCAGCGACUCCUCUUCAUCUCUUUCCAUUGCUUCCUCAUCCUCUUCCAACGAAGUAGACUUGCAGAUGCUUGUGCACGUUCAGAAGCACCUGAGUGCUCAGGUGAGCCACGGGCAGUAUGUGUUCCUGCUCAGACUGCAAAAUGCUGUGAAAUCUCUGCAGCGCACUUUACAGCAAGAUCUGGAGCAGUACGGCUCCAAGCGCCAGGGUCCCACGCAACCCUUCAGCGCCUGCGUGGGUGUGCUCAUGAAAAGUGCUGAAGUUGCGCUACUCUUAAAGCCCAUUCCCCAACCAGAUUCAAACACCAGCCCCCUGGACUCGGACGUAUCCCCUUCGGAAAGCAGGGCCACUCUUGAAGCCGGGAGUGAGGCGAGCGAAGGGCACGAGAGGCCCUCGGCUGCAGGAGAGGGUACUCAAAACGUGGAUCAACUCCUUUGUGCAGGGACGCAUGCCAUCAACGCAUCUCCUCUCCUUCCUUCCCCAUCUCCUGCUCUGAGAAAGGCGUCUGUUGAUGAGAGGAAUAGCAUGGUAUCUGGAGGGAGGGUGCCAUCCGAGGAGAAGAAGGACUUGAGAGAAACAUCUCCCAAUGGAGAGGGCCACAGAACUGAAGCCAAAGGGCAGCAGAGUGAAACCUCACAAGGUGGAACCAUGGUAGUAGAUCACAUUUCUGACAAUUCCUCCAGGGAAUGGAACGACAAGAGUCAGGGAGGCAGGCUACCUCAGUCCAUGUCCAGGAAAGGCAGUUUAUCAGUGGUCUCUGACCUCUUAACUUCCACGCACAGCAGGUCUACCUCCUUAUAUUCCAUGUCCAACAUUGGUCGUUUGAUGCAGGGCAAAUCACAGUCAAGUUUCUCAGUGUCUUAUAAGAACAUGAAGAAAAGCCCUUCGCUACAGUCUCUGGAUGAUCUCUCCAUAGACAGUUACUCACUAGAGGAUUGUGACAGCUACAGCCUACUGGAGAGAGAUGACGUAUCGAUCUCUGGUUUUAAGGAGGUUUUAAAUGAGCGGAUUUCCACAGAAGGGUCUAAUGUGACUCUCGCUCAGGAGGCAGAUGAGGCCCAAUCACCUGACGCCAUCAGCGCUGCCUCGCAGAGCAUAGAUGAACCCACGAAAGACCUUGUGUCUGUGCUGGUUUUGAAGAUUCACUCGGUCUGCUGUUCUCUGGAUCUGAAGGGUGAUGAUACAGCAGUUGCUCUGGAGGUGGGACGGAUCCGACCCAACCAGCUCGGCAACGUCAGUUUGCGGCAGUAUCUUAGCAACCGCAGCCUGGGUUUAGUGUCUACAGCGUCAGUCACUCAAAGUGGUGAAGGUACUUUAAGCUCUGGGUCAGGGUCGGACCCCAGCGCAGUGUUAUUAAAUCCAGAGGUGCAGGUGAGGCUUGAAAGCGGCCCGGGAGCUGCGGUUCACUCUCCUCUGGCCGAACAGAAUGGCUUCCUCCAGUGCCGACUGCAGGCCUUCAGUGCCGACUUCCUCAUGACGUCCCUGCGGAACCUCGCUCUCUUCCUGGAGGAUGACUCCGCCUCCCAGGUUCUCCCCAUGGAGAUCACCAUCAAAGAUACGCACGUCAAUCUCAAGGAUGAUGGUCCCCGUGACAAUGUGUCAGAGCCCGAGGCCACGCCCAUCGCCGUUCAUAUUCAUAAUCUUCUUAUUCAUCGCCAAGACGACGGCUCAUUCAGCAUCGGAGGAGGACUGAACCUCAGGAAUGCACGUACUAAACGCAUCCCUCCCCCUCUCUCCCCGCGGACAGCUGAGCGCGCAGCGGACUCGAAGCUUCAGAAGGCGGGGCCUGUGAAUGACAGCAGGCUCAGUUCUGUCCCUGAAGUUCCUGUAGGUGUGGCCUGUGAGCCGAAAGCCACUCAGACUGCACCUCUGUCACCCACAAGCCCCACCCCCUCAAGUAGAGAACAGCUGCUCGUGGAGGAGAAUGAAUGCUUGAAACUGGAGCUCUCCAAAGCCAAGAUGGCGCUAGCGGAAGCCCAGAUGGAGAAAGACUCUCUCCAGCAUCAAAUGAAGACCCUCAAACUCACCGGCGGGGGCAGCAACAGCUAGUGGCAGUGCAUGUGUGUGUGUGUGUGUGUGUGUGCAUACAGGACUGACACCUGCCACAGGGGGGCAGCAGAGUGCUUGGAGGGGCCCGGCACCGUAAAAAAAAAAAAAAAAAAUCCCAACGCUGCAGCCGAGAAGAGGAUGGUAUGUGUGCCGUGACGGUGAUCUCCCCUCGGGAUCCAGACUUUGCAAUCAGUGGCAUCUGCUCUUAAAGAACAGUGUUCUUUACCAUAGUAUACACACAAAGCUUUAGCAUCUAGUGGAAAUCAAAUCAAAAGACUCUUCGAGCGGCCCGUUUUAUUUUAUUUUAUUAUUUCUUUCACGUCAUUCAUUUGCGCGUCGGCGAGCACCUCUUGAAUCAUCACGAGAAAGCGGGUGACAAACUCGCGUUCUCGCUCACCAUCUCUCUCUUUAACCAUUCGUACGCAGUGCAGGAGCACAUUCCACCCUUGACCUUUAACCCCAGGACAGUCUUACGCACUUAGCUUGAGGGCGUGUAACGUUGAAUGUCAUAUCUUUGGAGGAAUGUCUUAAAUUAAUUUGCACUGUUUCAAACUUUUUUCGUUUAACAGCGACUAAUAAAAAAAAAAUAUUUAGCGAUUUAACAAAUUUGUGAUUAUGUAUAGUAAUUGUGAUACACAAGAAUGUUUUGUUAAUAAGUGCGAUUUGAAUUGGUGUGGGAAAAAUUUGGGCGUCUUACAAAAACGGGAAUAUGUUUUGGGAAUUCUUUUCACGAACACUACGGGAUUUGCGUUGCACAACUUGGUUUCUCUUUCUAUGUGGACAGAUUUUGUGUUUUGAGGUGCAACGCUUUGAUAUUAGUUCAGUAUUUGUGACUAAACGCAUUGUCAUUCCGUGUUUGUCUUUUUAUGUGAAUAUUUGCACUGCAGCAGUCAGAAUAUUAGUUUGAUUCUAAAUUGACCGGGAUUGUUUCUGUUAAAAUACCAUUCGGUCUGAACUGAUGCUUUGUCACAUUGUUGAUCUGAUUACCAGCAUUUCUGCACAAAAAAAAACUAAAAAAAAAAAUGGAUGAAUGUUGGGUGAAAACCACUCAACUGAUGAAUGAAAUGUAAGAGUUUGUAUUAGUUCAUUUUUGUUUUUGGCUUUUCUUAUUUAUACUUUAUAAGAGAAGGGCCUGUUUAUGAUGGAACAGAUAUUUAAAUGUUUUCUUGGUUUUGCUUCAAUCUCUCUCUCUCUCUUUCUCUCCUCCCUUUUGGUUUUUUCCCUCUACGGCAGCCUCUACAAGUGCCUGUGACUGCACACCUUCUCCAGAGGUCCUGCUUGAUUUCGUUCUCUAAAUGAAUGUUUUAAUGCUCUUCGCAACGCAAGCUUACAUCCGGAGAGCAUUUUUCAGAUGUUGGGACUUGAAUAUGAAGAGCUGGGUGACAAACACCUGAUUGUACAAAACCAACUUUUCUUACCUAGUACUAGGCCACGCCCCCACGCCGCAUUAGCCCCGCCUCUAUAUGUAACAGACACGCCCGUUGUAGACGGAAGCCCACCUGUUUAGCGCAGAAGAUGAACGGUGAUGCUCAAUCAAGCAAACUUGUGAAACUGUUAUUCCUUGUGUCCAUCAGAAGCUGCUGAAGUACUGAGAAAUAAAAUGAGGAAAUAAAAUGUUUUAAUAAUGA